AACAUAAGCAGCGGGGCAAACGUAUUAUUCUUUAUUUAUUUAGUUUCUUUGCUCCUCUUUGCCGGACAAAGAGGAGCACAUUCGUCCACUCAAGAGAAACACGGUUAAAACUUAAAGACAUCAGUGAAGUCUCUCUGCAGUUCACUACCCCCCUCUGGUGGUCAGCAGGGGCCAUUGCAGACCCAGGGAAGUGGGGGUGGGGGCGGCAAAGGAACAAAGGAAGAGAGUUGGAACAAUAGAGUCGACGGUAGAAGGCAGCAACACAUGUAAUCUGAACACAAGCGAAGGUCCAAAGUGUGUGCUGUUGCAUACAACAAUAACGAUUGAAAACACUGACUGCAGACUUUUUUGCAUUAUGACAGCAUUAUGUAUCUGUGGAAUUUCUUCUGUGCAUGCUGACAGACAUAAAUGACUCGUAUGGGCUCAGAGAAAAUCACCAUGUUUGACUAAAAUCUCUGUUGAGCUCUCCUCUACUAUCUCAGGUGACGUUGGCUGAUGUUGUUGGCGUGUUCCAACAGCGAGCAUGACAGAGCUGCCAAAACCAAAGGAAAAGUCAAACGGACUUGUUGUGCAACAUAGUCAUACGACUCUCUCCUCCUAUGUGCAGGAACGCUUUUACUUUUCAGGGUCUGACAGGUCUACGGCUGAGGAACUGCACAUGUGCAAAACCUGAGGGUGCGAUCCUGUCCUGUCCUCUCAGGCUCCUCCCCUCUGCACGUGAACAACGUCCACCUGCUGUCACCUGUAUCCUCCGGGGCCGCACCUGGUCCCGCGCUCACUCUGCCCAUCGGAUUACCGAUCGCUGCCACAGGCUGGCAGACUGAUCUAUCCAGCCACAAUCCGCUUUGCACUCACGUCGCCACACCUGGAAACACCUGGAAACACCUUGUCCGCAAGAUACAGAAAAAUCCUGCUUCUUCUCUUUGUUUUUGUUUUUCACGUGUUAUUUUUUAUUUAGGUCAAUUGGUUUUAAUCUGCGCUCCUUUGGAUACAAAGAAAUAUCAGCACACUAAAAAAGAUUAAAAUGGGCUUCUUCACGUUCUUCAAAUUGAUGACGGUCUUGUUCAACCUGCUUAUCUUUCUGGGUGGCCUGACCCUGCUGGCCGUGGGGAUCUGGGUGAGCGCGGCCGAGGGCUCCUUCCUCCGGGUGCUGGGGCCGUUCUCCGGCCAAGGCCUGCAGUUUGUCAACGUCGGCUUGUUCUGCAUCGUCAUCGGAGCCGGGCUGUUGCUGCUGGGGCUCCUGGGCUGUUGCGGGGCCCACAAGGAGAGCAAGUGUCUGCUGCUCACAUUCUUCUCCAUCAUCCUCAUCAUAUUUAUUGCUGAAGUGGCAGUUGGAGUCGUGGCCUUGGUCUACUCUUCAUUUGCAGAGGAGGUCAUCCGAGCGUGGGCGACCCCUGCUUUACAGAAAGAUUACGGUAGUGAUCCGACGGUCACGAACAUCUGGAAUACGACCAUGACAGAGCUGCAGUGCUGCGGUUUGUCCAACCACCAAGACUUUGUCGGCUCCAAGUUUGUAGAGGAGAACGGAGGCAGCCUGCCGCCCAGCUGCUGCCGGACCGGCGGCGCCCCCUGCAGCCCGAACGAUGCCGAGCGCAGCGCCGUGCACGGCUGCUUCGACCACAUCUUGGAGACCCUCAAAGAACAAGCCAACAUCGCGGGAGGCAUCGCAGCAGGAAUUGGCAUAUUACAGAUUGCUGCAAUGGUGGUGUCCAUGUACUUGUACUGCUACCUGGACAAAAGAAUUAACUGAGACUCCAUCAGGGACACAACACGGGAACUACACAUACACAUGGGAUUUGUUCAUUAUUCUGCAUUAUUUAUUUUCUGUCUCUUAACGGUCUUUGUGGUUUCCUCUUUAAGAGAAGGCUUUAAUAUAAUCAUUUAAGUAUUGAAACAAUGUGCAGUGUGUAUGUCUGUCUAUAUCUGCGCCUGCAGAGUUUAAAUAAUUCAUAUUUGCCAAAUAAAAUAUUUCUAACCUCA